AUGUCCCAAGGUUCCAGGCUCCAAGGCAAAGUCGCCAUCGUUACAGGAGGCGGCAGCGGAUUCGGCGCAGCCAUUGCCAAACGCUUCGGUGAAGAAGGAGCCAAAGUAGUCGUCACCGAUAUCAACGUGGAAGGCGGCGAGAAAGUCGCCGCACAGAACCCUACCAACCUCAUCUUCAAGCGCCAAAACGUCACCGAAGAAGGCGACUGGAAAGAAGUCCUUGACCUGGCAUUCUCCAAGUUCGGCCGACUGGAUGUGCUGGUGAACAAUGCGGGCACUACUUACCGCAACAAGCCGACUGCAGAGGUUACGGAAGAUGAGUGGGAACGCGUGUUCCAGGUCAAUGUCAAGAGCAUCUAUCUAGCUGCGAAGACCACCAUGCCGCGCUUUAUCGAGCAAGGUCAGGGUGGAUCCAUGAUCAAUAUCUCCUCUACCGGAGCGAGUCGGCCGCGGCCUGGUCUGGUGUGGUAUAAUGCUUCCAAGGGAGCAGUUACUAAUGCCACCAAAGGUCUCGCGGCCGAGUACGGUCCCCACAAUAUUCGAGUCAACUCGGUUGCUCCACUUCUUUCUGGAACGGGGCUAUUCUCUAUGUUCACCGGCAUGGAGGAUACCCCCGAGAACCGGGAGAAAUUUAUCGGGAAUGUGCCGUUGGGCCGUCUUACCGAGGUGGAGGACAUUGCGAAUAUUUGUCUGUAUCUGGCCAGUGAUGAAGGGCGGUUCAUGAAUGGUACUGAGACUGUAGUGGACGGUGGAAAGUGUAUUUAA